CGGAGAUGCCAAUAAUAGACUGAAUCUGGAAAAUGAUCGACAGCCUGGGAAAGCUGAGCUCUCUUGUGAUCAAAACAACCUCCAGGGCAUAUUGUUAAUGUUAGAUUGACGGAUUAGCUCUGGCCGAGGUAUCAAAUACUCAUCACGGGUAAGUUCUGAGCUCCUUGGUAUCAGAAGCCGUUCAUCGCACUGCUAGACCCCCGCUUCACCAGCCGCCUGUCUUCAACAAAUCCAAAACACCAUGGUAUCAUCGAAAGUUCCCCAGAACCUCUGGCAUCGAGACCGUCGAGGCGGAGAUGCUGGACGAGAGCGCGAUAAAGAUCCGGUCCGUUAUGGCCUCAAUUCUAUGAGCGACUCUGUUAUCGGCCAAGCCGUUGCAAAGUUGAGAUUUACCAAAGAUGGAGCAGAGAAAGGCGGCAAUGGCUUCUUUGUCAAUGUUCCUGGCCAGGACAAAGCUAUCAUCUUCACAGCAGGCCAUAACCUCAUGGAUGAGAAUGGCAACAGAACCAAAGACCUCCGAGCCUGGUGGUCUGACCUUGGGGAGCAAAAUAAAGGGGUGGAGAUCCUUGAGAAGGAUACUCGGGUCAGCAAAGUCUUUUCGAUCACUCCUAAUGAAGAGUCUGCGAUUGAUGACUUUGGUAUCAUUAUGAUCCCCAAGAACAACAAUCCUCCCCCUCCCAAGACGGCAUUUGGCUUCGCCCUGAGACUCGCUGAGGAAGAGAGAAUAGAAGGCAUCUGCAACAUCUCGAGUUAUUUGACGACUGCGAAGACUGGCGAACCGCCGACACGCAGUACGGGGCGCUUCGUCAAUCCUAUACUGAAACAGCAUCAGCUUGAGUAUCUCACGUAUACUGAGGCUGGUGUGAGUGGCUCCGUGGUAUGGACUGGCUACAAUGGAGCGCCUGUAGCCGUGGCUAUACAUAAUUACGGACCCAAGCGAAGGAGUCCCAAGUACGGUAGUCGUGGCUCUCGUAUCGACAUGAAAAUGAUGCGAGAGAUCAUGGAGUGGACUGGCGUUUACAAAAGAGCUGUGGCCAUCAUAGCCCAGCCCCUCGGGAAGAAACAACCCGUUCCUACACUACCUCUCUGCAUGGCCUGGUCCGAGCAAGACAAGGUUCUCCGCGUACACGUCCAAGAUGACACUGAACCCAUCACAGAAGAAGCAACAUUCGAAGCCCUCCCAGUUUUCUCCUCGGCAAUGCUCCUUGGGAAAGAACCAAAGGAGGAGAUCGGGUUUGCACAGGUUGACAAGAGACCCAACGCUGCAAAAGACACCAUGCGUUGGGUGUCGUGGAACAUUGAGUGGAACAGCGUCAGUUUUGCGAGCGCCUUGAGCAGAGCGCGUCUGGUGAAGUGGGACAUGAAGGGAAAGAUGGCUGCUAUGGCUCUCAACUGGGGUGAUGCCAUUCAAGAGGUUGUCUUUCGAGUUGAUGGUGAAGUCGUGAAGAAGUGGGAGCUGGAACUUCCUGAUACUGAAUACUCUGGUAUUGCAUACCAAGAACGAGGAGCUGAGAAAUUUCAGAAUUCUUAUAAGAGAUUCAUUAUGAAAGAUGUUUAGGCGACUCAAGGGCUCUAUUUCUAUUUCACCUUAGUAUUACUUCGACGGGUCAAAUACCUUCAAGCUGCUCGCGAUCCCAUUCAUCCAACCCAUUGUUACAAGACGAGCCGGAGGGUAUAUAAUAUCCUUAGUUUAUGGAAGAUUAUCACAUCUUAACCACUCUAUCAGGCCAC